AUGCCUGAUCCAAGGUUGGACCCGCAGCUGUUCAGCAUCAACAAGCUCGAGACAUGCGUGACGGUCGAUGGACAGCGACAGUACGAGACAAAGGCCAGCUAUGAUAAGCACACCAGGCGGCACGUGAACACGCUGGACCUUCCCCCUGACAAGGAUUUCAGCAUCAACUUCCGCAUCGGGGGAAACAAACCCAUAACGAAGAAUGACGACAACGGCUUGGCUCUGGAAACUUCUCUCGAUGGCCAGGCGAUCCACCCCGUCUUCAUCAAGUACAGGAACCAUGAGACAGUGGAACUAUCUCAUAUCUUCGGCAACGGGGAGAAUGGUGAGGAAACGAAGUUCUCGCUCUACAUCGCAGCCAUUACACCCAGCGGGGACCCACUGACCCCCGAGCUCUCGGAGGAAGUGGGAACACUGAAGAUCGAUGUCUUCCCUGCAAACCUGAAAAAGAGUACAGGGGCUUCCAAGUACAAGUCGAAGUCCAGUCUGCGAUGCAUUACAUCGGCGUUUGAUGCCGAUGUGAAGAGCAAACCUUACUGCAUUCGCACGGGUCCCGCAGAAAUUGCAACCUCUCAGGACAGAGGGGCAAAUUGGAUGCCGAGCGUACCGUACAAGACGAAAGAGUCAGAUCGCUUGAUCACGAUCGUCUACCAGUACCGCAGACGUGUAGACGCUGCGCUUCCCGAGAAUCGCAAUGGCGGCAUCAAUCUCGCCGGCGGAGUCUUGCAGCCGGAGGACCUCAAGACCUUCAUCAAGGACACAAUCAUCGAGGUGGUCGAGGAGCGCAUACAGUCUAGGAACGGCAACGUCAACGGCGCCAAGAGAGGGCGAGACAACGGCACAGACCGCGGAAUGACCGACUUCACCCACUUCGGCAACGAGUCGAACGAAGGAUCCGUGUCGCGCGAGGCGAGCCCACUGAGCGGGAUCGACGAGGACGAAGCGCGGUCCAGACGUCGCAUGAAGACGGAGAUGUCGGAUCAUGGGGAAGGAGACCUGUACUGGUAG